CAACCCACCCUCACCUGGUCCAUGCGCCGCGUCCUCAUCAAUUGGCUCGUCCAGCUCCACACCCACUUCAACCUCCUCCCCGAAACACUCUUCCUCACAACCCACAUCCUCGACCGCUUCCUCUCCCUCCGCACGGUCCUCACGCACAAUUACCACCUCGUCGCUGUCUGCGCACUCACCCUGGCCGCUAAGUUCGAGCAGCAGUAUGCGCCCCCGCUAGCCGAUCUUGUGAAGCUGGCGGAGGAGCAGUACCCGCUUAGUCUGAUCAUUACGGCGGAACGGUAUAUUUUGCAGAAACUGGAGUACGACCUCUCGGCAUUCGCGGGUCCGGUUCUGUGGCUCAGACGGCUGAAUGGAGCCGAUGGAUGGGACCCCAGACACCGCAUGCUGGGCAAGUACCUGUGUGAGCUCGCGAUGCUGGAGGAGGGGUUUGUGGGUGUCCCGGCCAGUGUCGUCGCGGCCGUGGCGUAUGCGGCUGCCGGGUGGGUGUUGGGUACCGAGUGGACGGAAACACACACCCAUCUUUCGACUUACACCCCCUCCACCCUCCUCCCCUACGUCGCACCCCUCCUGCAGUGCUGCUUCACGCACCAGGACUCGGCGGUUGGGGAGAAGUAUGCGAGGGAGGAGUAUUUUGGGAUUGCGAGGACGGUGCCGGUUUAUCUUGCUGAGAGGGGGUUUGGCGUGGCGGGGGAGGGGGAGGGGGUUGUGGGGAUGGAUGUUGAUGGGUGA